AUGACAACAAUUUCGCCUCAGGUUGCGGUUGUCGACUUCCACCACGCUCGUGGUCCAGAGGUCGAGUUCUGGAUACAAAGCGAUGGCCAGAACCUCUAUAAACUCAACGACUGGUCGUUGUUGCCGUUCAUGGCGCUGUCAGACGGGGCUCACGCUAUGGCAGAGGAGUUCAGUUAUUUUACGCUGCUCGACAAUCGCAGUCCAGACUCAGGCCCCGUCGAAACGGCAUCAAGCUCUGAGGCGAGUCCGCCCGGUGCGGCUGCAGUGACGAGCGCCGCCACGAGUCUUUUCGGGAUCUCCUGCACGCGACAGAUCCGGACGGAGAAACUCAAGCGGCGCUCCGUGGACGUGACGCGGUCGACUGUCCAGAAGGCCGUUGUCGUCAUCUCGCCCACAGCGAGGGGCAUGGGAGAAUUGAGAGAAAGACUGGGGAUCGUCACGGCAGCCUGGUUUGCGCAGGAAGAUUUUUCGGAUAUCUCGAUUUUGAAGGAAUUUCAAGAGAGUCUAGUCAGAGUUUCGCCCACGCACGAGGAUGGGAAGGAUCAUCAUUUUGGUCUCUCUCUUCGAGAACUGAUCUAUGAGUUUAGACACCAGACUUUGGCGCUGGUCAAAUGCCUUUUACUACAACGGAAGAUGCUCUUCUUCGGCUCCAAGUGUGAAAGGCUGUGCAUGAUGCAGUUCGCCUUGAUAUCGCUCAUUCCUGGACUCAUUGCAAACUUGCAAGACGCAGCAGACCCGAGCCUAGAUACGUACGCGCAGAGCGCGCAGAAGGCGACGAGCUUAAGGACAGGCGAUAGAGGUUCAUUAUUAGCAUUCAUGGGCUUGCCGUUGCAAAUAUUCGGAAAGGGUUCAAUAUUUGGCCCGUACACUCCUCUCCAACAACUCGACAUCCUCGCCGACUAUGACACGAAAUCCUAUGUUGUCGGCUCCACCAACAGCCUCCUCCUCCAGCAAAAGGAAAAAUACAGCGACAUUCUCAUCAACCUCGACGAAUCAAACUCUAUGACAAUUACUUCUCCUUCUUUGCGCGCCGCGCUUGCCCUAAGUGCCGCGGAUCGUCGUUGGAUCGACUACCUCACACAGACCGUUCUGGAUACAUGGGAUCCAGACAAUCCGAGUAGGCCGAGAAACAUGGGCUACGCAGGGUCCGAAGACGCGAUCCGCAUGCAAUUCGAAGAAUACAUACUCUCUCUGCUCAGUAGCAUGGCAUAUCAGAUCUACCAUGAGUCCCUGACGGAAAACAACAUCCCGGCCUCCGUCGCAAAUAUAGAGAGCUUCCCGGAACCUGGGGAUACCGCGUCCGAUUUCAACCCGGAAUUUUUGGCCAUGUGGCGAUCGACCAACAACUUUGCGCUCUUUGACCGCCUCACACGUGGCAAUCGCAUCUUCGACAUCAUCGAGCCGCGGCACCCGACGGGCGGGGGUUUGAGCGUUGAGGAUCUGCAAAGGAGAGUGGCCAGGGGAAUGGCGGAUCUUCACCUCGACGAGAGGGUGAGGGAGGGAAGAGAGCAACUGGGCCGCACACUGCAGAGCGGACGGGAGCGGGUGGAAGCCGGGAUGGCGAGCUUUUGGGCUCAGGUGGAAAAGGCCAGGGAACAGAGGGCGCAGCAGCGGGCGACGAAGAGGACGAGUGGUAGCGGCAGUCACAGCAUUACGAGGAGCAUUGGCGAAGGGUCCGAAAGCAGAGACACCCAAGAGACGAAACCGGCCGCGGCUCUGUCGAGUGCGAGCUCGAACUCGAGUUGGAUGGUUGUCGAGCAGCCCGAAGGUGGUGAAGCUGGAGCUGCUGGAUCCAGGGCGCAGGCGCGGCCUGUUUCGCCUCCGACCUCCACCUCCACCUCCACCUCAUCCACGGGUACCGGCGGCACCUGGACAGCGACCGGGUCGAACUGGCGGGCCCCGCGCGUCGACACCUCGCAGAUCCAAGCGUCGGCACGCGAGGGCGCGGCUCGCGCGGGCGCCUACCUCAGCGGCUGGGGUACCUGGGCGAGGCAACGCAUGCAACAGUCUCAACAAGGCAAGGAGGACCCGUCCCAGACCGCGCCUGGACCUCAAGCGGACGAGACCGGGGCGCCCAGUGGUUGA